AAAUAUUUGUUUUUUCUCAAUUACAUUUUUCUGAUGUUUUAAGAUUAGUGUUAAAUGUGAUCGUUUUCUAAACGUUCUAAUGUAUUCUUUGUUCAUAUGAACAUAAUAUAAAUAUCAAUAUGUAACAUCGAAUCUUUCAUAUUAACCAUAUACAUGUAAUAUAAGUAUUAUAUAAUUGUAAAUAUAAUAUUAAUCUAAUAUUAAUGUUAAUGUCCGCACAUGCGUGCGGGCGGUCCACCUAGUAAUAAUAAUAAUAAAGAAAAAAGACAAUUAUAUUGAAAUUGGUUAUAAAAAAACAUAAAAUCCAUGAAAAUAUUAAGUUUUACAAAGAUUUAUUACUUUUAAAUAAAAUUUUAAGAGAAAAAUAAUCUUGCGUUCUAAAAGAGCGGAUCAAAAUCUAAUAUUUAUUAAAAAUAUAGAAUAAACAGAUAGAAAUGAUGUCGCAGGAGAAGUACAAGGAAAAAGCCCUUUCACUCUUUGAGCGAAAGUUUAUAAAUUGACCAACCUUUGAGUCUAUUAUCAUGACAUGAGUCUAUCAUGACAUGUACUAAGACUUGACAUAACUGGUCUUUCUCACACCAAACCCUUUUCCUCUGUUUCUCAAUCUCUCCUCUGCUUUUUUUCUAAAUGACGAACCAUAAUGCGUUUAUGUCUGAUGCAAAAGGCAACAUCAGCUUAGCGGUUAGGGUUCCCGUCUCAAGCCAAUCUCUGUUUUCUCCCAGUGGUGGCCGAUGCAUUAGCAUUCCCCGGAAGAAACUUCUGCAGAAGAUAGAGGCUGUCCCAACUCAAACCCGGAUCGACUCGUGGAUCGAAACCAUGAGAGCUUCUUCGCCUAGUCGGACCCGGCCAGGGAACAUUUCAUCCCUUCCGGAGUUGGAUGAGGAGGAUGAAUACUCUUCUUGGAUGGCUCAACACCCCUCGGCCUUAAGCAAGUUUGAAGAGAUUGCUAAAUCUUCGACAGGGAAACAAAUUGUUAUGUUUCUUGAUUAUGACGGUACAUUAUCGCCCAUUGUUGAAAACCCAGAUCAGGCUUACAUGACUGAUGAGAUGCGAGAUGCAGUGAAAGGUGUGGCUAGAUAUUUCCCAACCGCGAUUGUCACCGGAAGGUGCCGUGACAAGGUACGUUUUUAUAACAUCUUUUCUCAAUCUGCUAGAAAUUAAAGAUUAUUCUGGAACCUAGAUCUUGAGCUUAUUUGUAAAAAAACAAACUCACGUUCUUUUUUUUUUUUGCUAAGAUUGUAAAUAUCAUUAAUGAAAAUGAAUGUUUGGUUACAAAAUUAAUUGAAACCCAAUCUGCUAAACAGCUAUUCUGUUCUAAGAGGCUGCAAAAAAAGUAAAAAACCUCCAAGAAACCCAUGAAUCAGUCCAAGCAAAUCAUAAGAAGAACUUGAAGCUAAUAAUGACUAGAACAAGAGACAACAAAUUUAGAUCUCCCCAGCUUCACGCUUCUUGUUCUAUCAGGAAUGACCAGAAAACAAACAAGAGAACAGCUAUGACGAGUCGAUUGGACGAGCACUCACCCGAAGGUGGCUCUAAGCAGCUUCGACGGAGGCGCCUGGCUCACGCCCCAGAUCACUGCUGGAGGAGGAUCGUCUACCAAAAGACCUGAAGCUAACGCAGUUAGAAAACAAAAGAUGUUGACUUGAAGGGCCACCUAUGAAAAUGAAGAACGUGAGGAAACUCCGAUCAAGCGUGGACGGUAAAAUCAGCGGCUCCCCAUCCGGCCACGCGAUCUGGAGAAUGACUCAGAGGGUUCGGCGGAGCGACGAGUGAGCACCAAAGCUUCCACUGGAGCGAAGACUAGAGAAGUUAGAACACGGAAGGAGUACGAAGACUCCUCAAAACAGGCUACAGCACCGAUGAGCGAGAUCUCCACUUCAAGCAAGAACGCCACCACAACGGGUCGUCCUCAAAACCCUAGAGUCGACGUCAUGAGCGAGAAGAGAGAACCAAGCAUACACCAUAGCUUCGCUAUGGUUGUCGUCUCAAGAACUAAAUGAACAAGAGGUCCUCAGUGGCGAGCCUCACCGCCACGUUUCUCUCAGAUCUGAGAGGAGAAGCUCUAGGUUGACCUUGAAGCAAACGACAGAGAUUACCAACUGGAGCAAGACACAAAGGCUAGAACGGAGACAGCAGCAACGCAUCUCACAGUCUUCCGGGUCAAGGAUCUCAGAUCUGACCCAGAUCUGAGCGCAAUAGGCUCACUAGAGGAAGAUUCAAGGCCGCUAAGAUACCCCCACUUUAUCAUCCCUCGCCGGAGUUCCAGAGAAGCCAGAGACACCAAUGACUUCAGUUAGAACCGGUGAAGAGAAUUCCAACGGACCCAGAAUCGCCAAGCAAAGAGGGGAGACUAGGAGGGGGGGUGGAGGCGCUACAGGAACAUGCGGAAAAGAUGCCUCACGGUGACCGGCGCCGGAAAGAAACCUACCACCGUGAGAGGAGCAGAUCUCAGAUGGCGUAAACUGGAGAAGGGAGAGAGAAGAGAGAGGGUCGUUUGUAACUCACGUUCUUUUAAGAGAAAUUGGCGUGUAUGCCUCUAAACACUACUGAAAUAAAGAGACUACCCCCAUCUUCAGCAUCGAUUUUUAUUUCCAAUUUUGUCCUUCUUGCAACUCCUUGCAUGUCUGUAAUCGUGUCAGACUAUUUUGUAGCUGUCAGGCUAUCUGAAAACCCUAUAUUUACUGUCCAUACGAAGGAAGUCUAAAAACACCUUUUAUCUCAAAAUUUUAAGAGGUGAGAUUCUUUUUAUUAUUUCUUUCUACUCUAAGCUCUUUCUUUUAUUUUCACUCUGUAUUAUGUGAUCUAAUCUUUUUUAAUCUCUAUUCUUAUUUAAAUCUUUAUUCACUAUCUUUUUUUAUCAGAUCUUUUGGUGUUUUUGUGAGUUUGUACGUUGUAUGAUAAAUUAUUUUGUUAUCUAAUAAAUGAUUUGUUACAUGUUACAUGUUUUGUUAGCUGAUACUCUCUUCAGAUUAAUUGUUAUAUGGUACAAGUUUUUUUAUGUGUUGCAUAAUUUGGCGGAAUCGUAAUUAGUGACAGUUACAAGAUUUUGAAAAAAGAUUGACGCCAACGUUUUUAUAUAGACGAAUCGAAUUUUCAUCGGACUGUUUGUUAUUUAGAAAUUUUGUUUGCAGUUUAUAUAUGUGUUUAAAAGGAACUUUUAUCUAUAAAAUUCUGCCUCUAACUUUCUUUUUAUUUGAUUAACAAUAUGGAUAAUCGUUGACUAUAAAAUUUUGUCUCUAACAUUCUUUUCUUCUGUAAAAUUGAUCAAAUAUACUAAUUACAAUACCGCUUACAUACUAAUGAUAUAGUUAACUCGUAAGAUUAGACUUUAGUAUAAUAUCUAAUUUCUAAUACUAAAGGUUACCAUUCUAUUUUCAACUACAUAGGACUCAUCUGCUUAUACUUUGGAUUAACGAUAAUUAUUAUUGUUAUGGUCAACUAAAACAUUUAUACGCUAACAUUUUAUAUAACAAUUAACAUUAUAUAAAAACUUUCAAUACACCACCACAGUACAAAUAUAUUUGACAUCUAACAACUGAAGUGGACAUAGAUAUAUUAAGAGUUUUCCGGUGAGGUCCUAAGCGGAAAACUCUAUUCUACAGAAGACUUAUCUAGAGAGAGAAAAUAAAUGUAGAGAGAGGGGAGAGAAAGUAGGAUACCUGAGUCUGCAGAGAAGAAUGACGAAAGUGAAGGAGAGAAGCCUAUUUAUAGCAAAAACGAGGCACACUCUUCGAAGCGUCAUCAUUAGGUCUACAAAGGCCUAAAUGGGCUUCAAAGGCCGCCUAAAUGCCCAAAAACUUACUCGCGACGGUUCAGUUUCUCGCUCGAACCGGUUUUCAAUCUGGAAAUCAAACCGGAAAUAAUCUCCGGUUUCGAUCUGAACCGAUUCCCCAGAGUUAACCGUUAAAAACCAACCUGAGCCCUCUGCUUGAGGCAGUUCACCUCCCGAGUAAAACAUGCCGUCAUGACGGAAAUGGAAGCAAAACGAAAUGCAUCAUGAAAGGCGCAACUCGGAGCGACUAGAAGCAGUGCGCGACUAAAAUCGCACAUCGGCAAAACGAACUGUCGCCUGCAUUAGGACCUGUUAUACGAACGAACCUGACCCAUAAAUUCACUGAGACCGUUACGCCGCUCACAAGUGAACUGGGGGGGGGGACUUAUUGUAGGAGAUGGAUUACAUCCCUCCACAAGGCCCAUCGAAUAACAGGCCCUAGUCCGGCAAGCCCGGCUAAGUUUAGUCGGCUUAGCGGCUAAAGGCAUCGGCUCGACCCCAGAGUGCUUUUAGCCGAUUAACUAAGCCGGUUGAAUAUACUUGGCUUAGAGAGAACAGUACCGAGGCCCGCGUACUCGGCCUUUCAUGACAAGGCCCAAAGGACGACAUUAUUAGGGCAUCAAGGACAAAUGCACUAUAAGAAGGGAUGAGGAGACAAGAAGAGGGGACCUUUGGGACAACUCACACACUAAGCGGCUAGAUCUAGGGUUUCCUAAUCAUCUCUUUGAUCCUGUUGCUUAAACCUUUGAUCUUGUCUCCUUACUUCCCGUUAAUCUUGUAACCUCUUUGUUUGAUUCUAAUAAAAGCGUCUUUAGUCACCCCAUUUCUAAGUUCAUUAUUCUAAUCAACCGAAUCCUGUACAAACAAGUAGGUAGGAAAAUUUCUGGGACGACUGGUACAAUGGAAACAAAUGUCACUCACAAGAAGAUAGCCCAGUUACCCAUUUUAUAUUAUUUUCACCUUAAUAAAUGAGUUAGUGAACACCUGCAACGAAAAUUGUUGUAGAUUUUUUACCCAAAAAUAGAAAGAUUGUUGUAUGUUGAUCUUGUUCUAUUCCUUUUUAUGAUGUUUUGAUUUUACUCUUCUUUCGCAAAUGUAAGUUUGUACAACAUUUUUUGACAAAAUCAUUAUUUAAGAUUACCCAAAAAAAUCAUUGUAGAUAUAUCCAUUCGGAAUAUGUAUAUCUCAGAUAUUUUAGUAGGAAAAAAACAAAAUAACCGAAUGUAUGAAAAUCAAAUUUAUUCACUUUCAAAUGACAUGAUAUAGUCUUAUAUUCAUUAGGAGCAAGGUGCAUUCAGGAUAUGAAAUUAAUGGUGGGAGGACCCAUGGAUUCCUUCAACGCCAGCAAGGCCAGCUCGAUCAAGAGUCCCAGUUGUACAUCCCAAAAUGACCGUCAGCAGUCUUAUUGAUUUUGAGUCAAAGGAGUGAGAUGUACGGCUAUUGGAACAAUAAGUGGAUCAAGACGACAUUCCGAUGAUUCAGAGUUUGGCCAUAAGCCCUACUCACCGACGAGAUACUUUUUGUUGGAACUACACCAAAAGUGGUCAAUAUAUAGUCAAAUCUGGAUAUUGGGUUGCUAUGAAUUUGAUGCAGAUAGAUGAGGAUGUAGAAGUCUUACAACCCAGUAUCACGAAACUCCAAGCCUUUGCUUGGACAGUGAAUGCGCCACAAAAAAUUUGCCAUCUUAUAUGGCAAUUAAUCUCUGGACAGGUAGCGGUAACAAGGAACCUGGUACGCCGCAAUAUGCGAUGUGAUAACUACUGGCCAAGAUGUGGAGAGCCAGAGGAAACUGUUACUCAUGCGAUCUUUCAAUGUCCACCAGCCUUACAAGCAUGGGAAUUAUCAUCUACACCAUCGGGCCCUCAAACCUUUCUGGUACCAAGUGUUUACGCUAACAUGGAUUAUCUGUUCUGGAGGAAGAAUAGCAUAAUGAAGCCGGAGGAUGAUAGAGACCCUUAUCCUUGGAUAAUAUGGUACAUCUGGAAAGCCAAGAAUGAUAAGUUGUUCAGAGGCAUAGAUAGAGAUCCAUUGGAACUUGUCAGGUAUGCAGAGAGUGAGUGCCAAGCAUGGCAUAAUGCGAAGGAAACUAUAUCUGCUCCUAUACAGGGACAGCCUCAAGAAGAAACACAAGUCUUAAGCUCGGGUAAUAUCUGCAUGGUGGAUGGCUCGUGGACCUCCACAGCUCAGUUUAGUGGAAUGAGAUGGGUCUGGAAGGAUAGCAUGGAGAGAAUUCAACUUAUGGGGUCCAGGAAUUUAACGCGGCGAGAAACAUCUCUACAUUCAGAGCUAGAAGCACUAAGAUGGGCAAUGGAGAGCAUGAUACAACACUCGACCUGUCAGAGAUUUGGGACGGAUUGCAAGGACCUGAUUGCUAUGAUACAAGAACCACAAGCGUGGCCCAACUUCUCAACUGAGCUGGAAAUCAUUCAAACUCUUCGGUUGUGCUUUUCGGACUUCAAGAUCAGCUAUUUUCCAAGGACGCAAAACGAUAUUGCAGAUUCGCUAGCUAGGAAUGCACGUUCAUAGAUCCCUAUGUUUUAUUGGUUGUUCUAUUCCAGUCUGGCUACCCAGACCGCCUCAAGUUUGAGUAAUAGAAUAGCCGUUUGCUGCCAAAAAAAAAACAAAAUACUAGUUGAUCAUAAUUUUGUUCAAACAUUUUACCCGAACUAAAAUAGAUGUUUCAAAAAAAAAAA